UAUAGGCAUUAGUUGCGAACUGAAUCAGCAGGGGCAGGUACAUCGGUACAGGGUCGGGGGUAGGUCGGUAAUUUGCGGGAGACGAAUGCUUCUUCUUUAGCGUGGUCGUUAAAUUUGUUUGAAAAAGCUGAAAAUGUAGAGUGAGCUGCAACUAACAAAUUAAGAAGGAGAAGCCAUUAUCCUCACUAUUUCAAAAGCAACACAACACAAACACACACUCACCAUUCUUAUGCUUUCAUUUUUCAUUUUCCUCUUUAACUACGAAUCUUGGUGCCGCUCAAGCAUUUUCGACUUCCACUAUUCGUUUCAUCACCUUCUUCUCUCACUCUUCUCCUUUGCAAUUGCAUUUGCGCAGAUAAUGAUUGGGGGUUGAAGGCUUCGGUGGCCCUUGUGUUCCACACCAUCCAAGCAAUAGUACAAUAUAAGUUUCAAAAAAAGCAACUGAAAAGUAAAUAAAGUAAGUGAAUGUUGAAGUGGCCUUUUGGGAUGCUUUGAAUUCGGGACAUGGUCGCGUUGUCAUUGGUGGAAUUGAAGGUUUGUUAGAGGAGAAAAGUUGAGAAAAUGGGUUCCAUUGCAGAGGAGGAGGCAAUGUCAAACCUAGCAGGCAGUGAAGAGAGGAUUCUUGUUUCUGUUCGUGUGAGACCUCUGAAUGAAAAGGAACUCACAAGAAAUGAUCUGUCUGAAUGGGAAUGCAUUAAUGACACAACCAUCAUGUACAGGAACAAUCUUUCAGCUACAGAAAGGUCCCUGUAUCCAACAGCAUACACAUUUGAUCGAGUAUUUAGGAAUGACAGCCCCACAAAGCAGGUGUAUGAAGAAGCAGCUAAGGAAGUUGCUCUUUCAGUUCUCAGUGGCAUCAACUCAAGCAUUUUUGCGUAUGGACAAACAAGCAGCGGAAAAACAUACACCAUGAGUGGCAUAACAGAUUUCGCCAUAGCAGAUAUUUUCAACUACAUAGAAAAGCGCACAGAAAGGGAAUUUGUUUUGAAGUUUUCAGCAUUGGAGAUCUAUAAUGAAUCUGUCAGGGACCUCCUUAGUGUUGACAGUACACCUCUCAGACUUCUUGAUGAUCCAGAGAAAGGGACAGUUGUUGAGAGACUCACAGAGGAAACUUUAAGGGACUGGAACCAUUUUCAAGAACUUAUUUCAUUCUGCGAAGCUCAAAGGCAGAUAGGGGAGACUGCUCUGAAUGAAGUGAGCUCCAGAUCUCAUCAGAUUCUCAGACUGACAAUUGAAAGUUCUGCACGUGAAUUUCUGGGAAAUGACAAAAUGAGCUCCCUUUCUGCUUCUGUGAAUUUCGUUGAUCUUGCUGGGAGUGAGCGCGCAUCCCAAACUAAUUCAGCUGGUACGAGGUUGAAAGAGGGUUGCCACAUAAAUCGUAGUUUACUAACUCUUGGAACUGUCAUACGCAAACUGAGCAAGGGGAGAAAUGGACAUGUUCCUUUCAGAGAUUCAAAGCUAACCCGCAUACUGCAGUCUUCAUUAGCAGGCAAUGCUAAAACUGCAAUCAUCUGCACCAUGAGCCCUGCAAGGAGCCAUGUUGAACAAACCAGAAACACCCUUUUAUUUGCAAGUUGUGCUAAAGAAGUGACAACUAAUGCAAAAGUCAAUGUAGUGGUGUCUGAUAAGUUGUUGGUCAAGCAACUACAAAAAGAGUUGGCUAGACUGGAAAGUGAGUUGAAAAAUUCAGGGCCAACCCGCCUUAAAUUUGAUUCUGCAGCAUUGCUGAAGGAAAAAGACCUCCAAAUUGAGAUGUUAAAGAAAGAGGUAAUGGAUGUUUCGAUGCAGCGGGACCUUGCUCAAUCUCAAAUUAAGGACAUGCUACAAGUGCUUGGAGACGAUGGGUCCUCAACCGAGCUAGACAGUUCAGGUCAUCAGUAUCCCAAAUUACGUGUGCGAGGUUCAUUUGACUUUGAAAAUCAAACAGCCGAACGACAAAAUUUAUCAAGUUUUGACUGCGUUGAGAGUGUCAGAUCUUUUGAUGCAUCUCAAUAUUCAGAUGGACAUAGUCUUAGUUCUGAUGAGAACUAUUUCCAACUCCCUGAUUUGGAAAAGAAUCUUCCAGUCAGGAUUUCUUCCCCUGCGCUUUCUAUUGUAAGUCAUGAUGCUGCAAAGAAUGAUUUGGAUCAGAAAAGCGUUGAAGAUAAUUUAGGGGACCGUUGUAGGGAAAUUAGGUGCAUCGAGUCAGAUGAUCUAAAUUCAAACACACAUACAUUCUCUACUGCAUCAUCUCCAGCCGUCUCAGGAUUAACUGAUGUUGAUAAUACAGACAAAGAAAAUCUAGAUUUGUGCUCAUCUGUGUUAAAGAACAACAAAGAAGUAGCGGAUCUAGUUCUUCCUUCUUUGUUCUUGCAAGAACACUUUGUUCUUCCCUCUUCAGAGAAAAUAUCUCCAGGUCUGACACAAAGUAGUGCAUCUAGUUCCAAAACCACGAAAUUAACCAGAAGCAGAAGUUGUAAAGCAAGUCUCAUGAGAUAUCCAUCUUCAGAUUGGUUUGACCAGGAAGAAAUGAUUCAGAACGCACCCCCAAUAGGAAGCGAAAAAGAUUUCACAAGAAGACCCGAGGGCCUUCAAAGGAAGACUUGUACACAUCAUUCUAAUGCCAAUGCUAAGAGGUUAUCAUGGGCUGGCUACGCGAAUUCUCUGGGAAGAGCUUCUGAUGUACAGAAUAUGAAAUCCUCCAUCGAUAAUGGAAGUUAUAAAGACAAUUCUUUACCCCAGGGAAGAAACGGAAAGAAUGAUCUUGAAAGUUCAAAUCUGCAAGGGAACCCUGAGGUUCAAGAGACAGGAAUGGAGUCCAAAAUUAAUACAAAGAAGUUCAAAGAUGUUGGUUUGGACCCAUUGCAAUCUGAGGAAGAAAAACAGUUGGAAUGGCCUUCAGAAUUCAAGCGGCUGCAGAAAGAGAUUAUUGAACUCUGGAAUGCUUGUAAUGUUUCAUUGGUUCACAGGACUUACUUUUUCCUUCUGUUCAAAGGAGACCCUUCAGAUUCUAUCUAUAUGGAAGUAGAGCGAAGAAGGCUGUUCUAUCUCAAGCAAAAUUUUGAUCAUGGGAAUCAGACUGUGGAAGAUGGACUUACCCCUGAAUCAAGUAAGAGGCAUCUUAGAGGAGAGAGACAGAUGUUGAGUAGGCAAAUGCAGAAGAAGCUGUCAAGAUCUGAAAGAGAGAGCCUAUACAUUAAAUGGGGAAUUCGUUUGAGUUCAAAGAAUAGAAGGUUGCACUUGGCCCAUUGCUUGUGGUCAGAAACAGAAGACUUAGAGCACAUUAGAGAGAGUGCUACCAUUGUUGCAAAGUUGGUUGGUUCAGUAGAGCCAGAUCAGGCUUUUAAGGAGAUGUUUGUACUCAACUUUGCCCCAAGGCGCACGAGAAAGAAAUCGUUUGGUUGGACAGCCAGUAUGAAGAAUAUUUUGUGAGGUUGAUUUGAUUCUCUAAGCGAAUUAUUUUAUAGGAAGUUUGAUUUGGCCAUGUAAAAAAUCCCCCUUUGGCUCCUUUUAACAUAGGACAUUCUUUUUUUUCCACCUUUUACAAACAAUCUUAUCUCUGUUUUAUGUUUCUAACUCUGAUUGCUACUUGAUUGUAAAGAGGUUUUAUCAAGGAUGUGCAAUUCCAAGGUUACAGUUUUCUUUUGUACAA